CGUGACAAGAGUCCACUGUUUAUCCAGCGGGACGCAAGAUGGCGACCGACAUGUCAGGCACUGCGUUGGAUUCGGUGCAGUGUCCCGUUUGUUCUAAAGACUUCACUUCCGAUGCCAUUAAUGGUCAUCUUGACGUUUGUCUACUGAAGAGCAAUGCCGACGGUGGACCACCAAUGAAGAAGCUAUGUUCUGAAGCGUCGCCAAAGAUUGCUAGUGGAGAGCACCACUCGGUUGUCUCUGCUUCCUAUGGAGUAUUCUCCAUGUUCCACGGCAACAAGGAGAAAAUGUCUCAUCAAAAUGACACCAGCGCGUCAUGCCCCAACAAACAAGCUGAUGGCAGCGCAGUCAACAAGGGAGUUAAACGUAGCUUUCCGGUCCAGAUCCAAACUGCACCCAGAUAUUCCGGGCCGCAAAAAGAGAAUGACGGACAGACAAUAAACGCAACACCUAAUUUGAGUCUACGGACGUUGUUAACGUCAAAUAAACCUCUGGCGGAGAUCCUGAGGCCGAAGACGAUGGAGGAUUACUUUGGUCAGAGUAAAGUUGUCGGAGAGCAAACCAUCCUGCGGUCCCUGUUGGACUGCCAAGAAAUACCCUCUCUCAUCCUCUGGGGACCACCAGGAUGUGGCAAGACCACUCUAGCUCACAUUAUCGCCAACAACAGCAAAAAGAAGGGCACUGCUCGCUUCGUGCAGCUUUCCGCCACCAGCGCGUCCACUGCCGAUGUACGUGAGGUCAUCAAGCAGUCGCAGAACGAACUGCGGCUGUUCAAACGCAGGACCAUUCUAUUCAUCGACGAAAUCCACCGCUUCAACAAAUCCCAACAGGACACAUUCCUUCCUCACGUCGAGUGCGGAACAGUCACUCUGAUUGGUGCCACCACGGAGAAUCCGUCCUUCCAGGUGAACGCCGCUCUGCUGAGCCGCUGCAGAGUAAUCGUCCUUGAGAAGCUCUCGGUCGAGGCGAUGGGCUCGAUCCUGCACCGGGCGGUGGCGGCGCUGGGGAUCACCGUACUGGAACAGGAUCAGGCCAAUCCCGAAUGGCCAGACCACCAAGCGGACUCAAAUGAGCCAAAAGUUUACAUUGAACAAAAGGCUCUGGACACAAUCACCUACCUGUGUGACGGUGACGCUCGGACCGGGCUCAACAGUCUACAGCUGGCCGUUCAGGCUCAGAUCAGCUUGACCCGGCUCGGAGUGACAGGACCAGGCGGGUCCACUCAGGAAAUCCUUGUGACGGAAGAACACAUCAAGGAGGGCCUCCAGAGGUCUCAUAUUCUCUACGACAAAGCCGGCGAAGAGCAUUUCAACUGCAUCUCAGCAUUGCACAAGUCCAUGAGAGGCUCCCAUGAGAACGCUGCCCUCUACUGGCUGGGCCGCAUGCUGGAAGGCGGCGAGGACCCGCUCUAUGUGGCUCGCAGGCUGGUCCGCUUUGCCAGCGAGGACGUGGGUAUGGCAGAUCCCUUCGCGCUCCCUCAGGCCGUGUCCACUUUCCAGGCCUGUCACUUCAUCGGGAUGCCAGAAUGUGAGGUGAUCUUGGCUCAGUGCGUGACCUACCUUUCUCGGGCGGCCAAAUCGAUAGACGUCUACAGGGCCUACAACAACGUGAAGGCCUGUCUGAGGAACCACAAAGGCCCCCUGCCUCCCGUUCCGCUCCACCUUCGCAACGCACCCACUCGCCUCAUGAAGCAGCUGGGCUACGCUAAGGGCUACAAGUACAACCCUGCCUUCAGCGCUCCAGUGGAGCAGCAGUACUUGCCCGAGGAGUUGCAGGGUAUCGACUUCUUCACCUGGACGCCAUCAGAAGGGUGAUAACCAAAAUCACUCGUCGGCUUAUGCUUGCACCUCAGAAGGUAAAAUAAGACUCAGCGUUGCAGCCGUUAACUUCUGCCUUUUUUGCUUCAUGCGACACCACUGAAUGUUUGAGGCGAGGCGAUGGACAUUCACAGGUCUGUUCCGAUGUACAGACAAGUUACGCUGCGUUUGUGUUAUCGUGCAAGUGUAAAAUGUUUCAAACAUUAAACAGGACUUUGAACAUU